GCGGGAUUUCCGCAAUAAUACUAAGUAUGGCAAAAACAUACGACUAUUUGUUUAAAUUACUGUUAAUCGGGGACUCUGGUGUCGGGAAGACCUGCGUCCUGUUCAGGUUUUCGGAGGACGCCUUCAACUCGACGUUUAUCUCAACAAUAGGCAUUGAUUUCAAGAUUAGGACAAUAGAACUUGACGGAAAGAAGAUAAAGUUACAGAUAUGGGACACGGCUGGCCAAGAGCGUUUCAGAACAAUCACAACGGCCUAUUAUAGAGGAGCAAUGGGCAUCAUGCUCGUCUAUGACAUCACCAAUGAGAAAUCCUUUGAAAAUAUCAAGAACUGGAUAAGAAACAUAGAGGAACAUGCUUCAAGUGAUGUGGAGAAGAUGGUUCUUGGCAACAAAUGUGACAUCAAUGACAAGAGGCAGGUGUCCAAAGACAGGGGAGAAAAUCUUGCCUUAGAGUAUGGAAUCAAGUUCAUGGAGACCAGUGCGAAGGCCAACAUAAAUGUGGAAAAUGCAUUUUUGACGCUAGCGAGAGACAUCAAAUCAAAAAUGGACACAAAAUUGGAGGGCAACACACCACAGGGAAGCACACACGGAGUCAAGAUCUCGGAGCCUCAGAAAAAGUCCAGCUUCUUCCGCUGCAGUCUUCUCUGAGGACCGAAGACUUCGGCGCCGGCAACAGGCCGGCUGGACGUAAACGGACUGUGCUUGCUUCUAGCACUUCCUGCCUCCUCCCUUUUCUCUCUUUCCUCCUUCCUCUUCCUCUCCAACCAUCGCCUGUCCUCCGGGUUUGCAUAUACCACUAUUGUCUGUAAGCGGAGGACUUCCUCUCCACUCUUCCUCUCCGGAAUGCUUCCAGGUGCAUCUCUUCCAUUUAAGGCGAUCUUUUGUCUUCACGGGUCAGAGUUCUUGGCUGGUGGUGGACUUGGCCUAAAGCAUGAUCCAGAUGUUCUACUUCACGUUAAAAAAAAACACAGCUCUUAACUUUGUAUUACGCACACAUAUUCCACACAGCCUGUAGCACAUUCAAGGACGAAAAAAAAACCUUUAUAUUAUUGUAAUAGUUUUCAAAUUGGAAUACAAAUGUGAUAUUUAGAUCUAUUUUUAAUAAAACUCUCCCAUUUAUGUGACAAAGGGUAACCAGAGUCUGACAGGCUUGGCUGCAGUGAAACAGAGUUGUUUAUCUUUAUUUUGACAACACCAGCUGGGAAUCAUAUCACACAUUGUGUAAACAAGAUCAGAGGUUUAUUGGAGGUUUUUUUUUUUAAUUUUCCUUUCACUCAUUUAGUUGUCUCUAGUUUGUUUUCAGUUCUUGACAAUCAUAUAUGACUAAAACGGUGCUCUUCAUCAUGCCCCGAUUAAUGCCUCUAAUUUUUUUUCACUGGGAUUUAAGUCCUAGAAAGCAAAAUUUGCCACAUUUUAAAUUGAACUAGUUGAGAUUUCCGUCGUUUCUGCUUUCCAAGGAUCAGCGGAAAGUCGGGUGGCAUGUUUCUGUCAGGCUUCUCUGAAGUGAUAAAACUUGCAAGACAGUUAAAACAUGCUUUCACUGUGAUCCAGGAAAAUUUCUGAAAAUACUUUACCAUUUCUCCUGCAAUUAACAUGUAACUUGCAUUUUAAAAUGCUAUUAGAAUACCCAGUAGCCCGAGGAGAAGCCUUCAAGUUUAAACAAAUCC